UCCAACGCCAUCGCCGACGUCAAGAUGCCCAAAAUCUACAAGCCAGGAAAAGUUGCUAUCGUCUUGCAGGGCCGUCAGGCAGGCAAGAAGGUUGUGAUAAUCAAGCAGGUCGAUGAGGGUACGAAGGAAAGACCGUACGCUCAUGCAAUUGUAGCCGGUGUUGAGCGCUACCCCCGGAAAGUGACGCGUGCUAUGGGCACGAAGAAGGUACAACGAAGAAGUCGGGUUAAGCCUUUCAUAAAGAUCGUGAACUACUCGCAUCUGUUCCCUACGCGUUAUGCUUUGGAGCUGGAGGGGCUGAAGGGUGUGAUCUCGCCAGAUACGUUCAAGGAGCCGUCACAGCGAGAGGAUGCUCGUAAGACGAUUAAGAAACUCCUCGAGGAACGGUACCAAGGUGGGAAGAACAAGUGGUUCUUCCAACCCCUUCGCUUCUGAUCCCGCUGCCGUCCAUUUGAGAUAACCGAUGGAGAGAUGACACAAAAGUCCAUGUAUCCUACAUGCUUUUCCAUGACGCAUCACACAAUAUGCAUCGUACUUCUUUGGAAUAUGCCGUUAGGAUGAAACUUUAGUACAUACUAUUGACUGC